AACCCCUCCCCCACCCGGGAACUGGACUUGGAUAUAAAGAGAUUGUGCAGAAACAGCUACGGUACCUACUGCCCAGCUCUUCAGUCUCCUGGACAAGAGGACACCUCACCAUGAAGCUGUUUCUAUGUUUCUGCUUGGCCCUUUCUCUGGCAUUGGUUCUGGGGAAUCAUCACGAACAAGGCAACGAUGAGCACGGACAUGGCAAUGACAACCACGGAAGCGGCAAUGACAACCACGGAAGUGGCAAUGACAAGCACGGAAGCGGCAAUGACAACCACGGAAGUGGCAAUGACAAGCACGGAAGCGGCAAUGACAACCACAGAAGUGGCAAUGACAAGCACGGAAGCGGCAAUGACAACCACAGAAGUGGCAAUGACAAGCACGGAAGCGGCAAUGACAACCACAGAAGUGGCAAUGACAAUCACGGAAGCGGCAAUGACAACCACAGAAGUGGCAAUGACAAGCACGGAAGCGGCAAUGACAACCACAGAAGUGGCAAUGACAAGCACGGAAGCGGCAAUGACAACCACAGAAGUGGCAAUGACAAGCACGGAAGCGGCAAUGACAACCACGGACAUGGCAAUGACAAGCUCGGAAGUGGCAAUGACAACCACGGACAUGGCAAUGACAACCACGGACAUGGCAAUGACAACCAUGGAAGUGGCAAUGACAACCACAGAAGUGGCAAUGACAACCACAGAAGUGGCAAUGACAACCACAGAAGUGGCAAUGACAACCACAGAAGUGGCAAUGACAACCACAGAAGUGGCAAUGACAAGCACAGAAGCGGCAAUGACAACCACAGAAGUGGCAAUGACAAGCACGGAAGCGGCAAUGACAACCACAGACACGGCAAUAACAAUCAUGGAAGUGGCAAUGACAACCACAGACACGGCAAUCAUCAUAAUAACCACCAUGGAUUGGUUCGUCCUGACCGUUGUCAAGGCCUUGAGAUGGACGCUGCAACUGAGAAUGAAGAGGGUGUACCUUACUUUUUCAAAGGUCACUUUUUAUUCAAGGGCUUCCAUGGCAAACCUGAGGUGGCCAAUGAGACUUUUCCUGAGUUGGAUGAAUAUCAUCACCUCGGCCAUGUAGAUGCUGCUUUCCUCAUGCACUACGAGGACGAGCCCACCCACCAUGACCGCAUCUUCUUAUUCUUGGACAACAAAGUAUUUGCCUACUACCAACACAAGCUGGAGAGCGGCUACCCCAAGAAUAUCUCUGAAGUCUUCCCUGGAGUCCCAGACCACCUAGAUGCUGCUGUAGAGUGUCCCAGUCCACAGUGUGCAAUCGACUCUGUCCUCUUCUUCAAGGGAAAGGAUGUCUACCACUACAUACCACAAAACAAGACUGUGCACAAGGAAGACUUCACGCUAAACUGCACUUCUACAUUCCGCUUCAUGGAGCACUUCUACUGCUUCCGUGGACACAAGUUCUCCAAGUUUAACCCAAGGACUGGUGAGGUUAAUGGGAAAUACCCCAAAGAGGCACGUGGCUACUUCAUGAAGUGCUCUAAGUUUGGUGCUGACAGUGACCAUCUGGAAAGAGAACGCUGCAGCCGUGUUCACCUGGAUGCCAUCACAUCAGACGAUGCCGGAAACAUUUACGCCUUCAGAGGUCACCAUUAUAUUCGUGAAUUUGAAAACGAUACGCUGACGUCUGGCACCAUUGAGAGUGCUUUCAAAGAGUUGCACAGCGACGUGGAUGCUGUCUUCUCCUAUAACAAUCAUCUCUACAUGAUCAAGGACAAACAACUGUAUGUUUACAAAGUUGGUGAGCCCCACACCCUUCUGGCUGGCUACCCCAAGACUGUGAAGGAGGAGCUGGGCAUCGAAGGCCCCAUUGAUGCCGCAUUUGUCUGCCAAGACGAUCACAUUGCUCACAUCGUCAAAGGCAGAGACAUCUAUGAUGUGGACUUGAGUGUCACUCCUCGUGUUGCAACCAACAAGCGUCCAAUCGCCGUCUUUAAGAAAGUUGACAGUGCCAUGUGCGGUCCUGAUGGAGUUAAAGUGAUUGUUGGGAGCCACUUUUACAAGUUUGCAAGUCCCAUGCUGUUCGUCGCUUCCAGGGCCAUGCCCCAGCCUCACAAAGUGUCUCGGGACCUGUUUGGCUGUGAUCACUAAGCAGCUACUUUGAAAGGACUGAAUGGCUACUGCAAAGCAUCACAAACAACACGAUCAAACUACAGCACUGAUGACAUCUGUCUAGAGGCCACUUUCUGCCUUAAAACUGGUUUCCCUUCUGUGCCUUACCUCAAAAGUAAACCUGAACAUCUGCUAUUUCUCCUAGAAGGGAUGCUGUUUUCUUGCCAACACUUUGUGGUCCUUUAUGCUACCAAGGACGUUGGAUUUUGUACAGUGUCGUCAAUAAAAAGCUGCAGCAACCAA